UGCAUGCCUACGAAGAGAGAGGUACGUGCACCUGACGUCUCAGCGUCUUUGCUCUUUGUCGCGUGAACAACAAACUUUUGCUUCUCCUUUUCACGGAUUGAUCAAUUACGAUAUCUUCACCAUCUUCAUUUUGAACUGAUACACUUGUCAAAACACACUCAUCCGAAUACUUACUUCAAUAUCACCAACUCACCUUCUCAAUUUCGAACUCCACCCACCUGACGUCAUCCGCCACAGCAACAUUCAAAACACGGAACCUUCGCGUCAACGACACCUCCAAAGGCAAGCACAGCUCAACAUAAACAUAACACGACCACUCAACCACUACCCCCCCAUCCAAAAUGCCAGUCACACGCAAAUCAACUCGCUCUCGUGGCGGCGCCGCUGCCGCUGCCCAAGGCAAACAGCAGACCCUCUCCUUCCACCACCGCGUCACCAAGCCGACCGUCAAAACAGGCAAAGACCUCGUCAAAGAGGAGGAAGCACCUGACCUAAACAAGAUCAAGGCCAAGGACAUCAAGGUCGAAGAGGAAGCCAUUAAAGAACCCGAGCCUAGCGAGUCGGAAGAGGAGGAGGAGGAGCACGAGAAGAAAGAGAAGAAGAAGCAGCCACAUGCCACCAAGGUGAAGAAGCCCGCAAAGAAAGCCGCGACGAAGCACGUCAAGGAGGUACACGUCAAGGAGGAACCCAAGCAGGAGGAGAAGAAAGAAGAAGAGGAACCAAAAAGAAGCGAAAUCGAACUCUGCGCCCUGGAGAUCCCGCAAUCUGCCAUUGAUGCCUAUUGGAACAAGAUCGACUCGGCGCGCAUGGCGUCCACCGUGCACAAGAAGCAUACACAGGACUUGACGACGGGGGAGAAGGUCCUGAGGUAUUUUGAUGUUAGUAGUCAUUAUGGUCCUUGCAUCGGAAUUACUCGUCUCAAGCGCUGGCAGAGGGCAGAGAAACUGGGACUUAACCCCCCUCUUGAAGUCUUGGCGGUCUUGUUGAAGGAGGGAGAGGGUGAAGAUAAGGUUAAAGAGAGGGCGCAUAUGGAUGAAUUGUUGAACAGUGUUUCUACUGGUCCUUGAUCACCAGAUCUCCUUCGGCAGUUGAAGGCCAGUCUGAAAGUUCAUGAAGCGCAGGAUUCUACAGGUAUGGAAUGGGAUGGGUUGGGAUACGAGUCACAGUACACACAGUUUUAGCUGGGUUGGCGAGGCGAUCAUGGGGAAUUUGGUUUGCGGAAGAUCUACGUUGGGUAUGGACAAGAAGUAACAUGGGAAAUGGGAUUUGGGUCGGAUUUUGCAUCGCAUCGAAGCUACCUCUAUAACGUGUCAUCGAUGCGCAAAGUAUUUUAUAACUUGUCUUUUCUUUAGGAUCGAUAUUCUGAAAGAAAUCUAGGUGUAUGCGUCCUCGCC